GAUUUUCAAUGUGUCUUUUGCAGGCACUAAUUCCGAGGGUAAAGAAGUUUUCCUCAGGGAUAUCUGGCCCACACGGGAGGAGAUCCAGGCUGUGGAGAGAGAGUUUGUGAUCCCAACAAUGUUCAAAGAAGUCUACGAGAAGAUUGAGAGUGUGAACGAGCGCUGGAACUCUCUGGUUGCUCCCUCCGACAAGCUGUAUCCCUGGGACACCAACUCAACCUACAUCAAGUCUCCACCCUUCUUUGAUGGUUUGACCAUGAAGCUGCAGCCCCCCCAGUCCAUCCAUGAGGCCUACGUGCUGCUGAACCUGGGCGACUCGGUCACCACGGACCACAUCUCUCCUGCAGGGAACAUCGCCAGGAACAGCUCUGCAGCGCGCUACCUGACCAGCAGAGGUUUGAGCGCCCGUGACUACAACUCGUACGGGUCCCGUCGAGGGAACGAUGCCGUCAUGGCCAGAGGGACGUUCGCCAACAUCCGCCUCUUCAACAAGUUCCUUAAUAAGCAGGCACCGAAGACCAUUCACCUGCCCACAGAGGAAACGAUGGAUGUGUUUGAUGCUGCAGAGAGAUACAUUCAGUCCGGUGUGCCUCUGGUGAUUCUGGCAGGGAAGGAGUACGGCUCCGGGAGCUCCAGAGACUGGGCCGCUAAGGGCCCCUUCCUGCAGGGUAUUAAGGCGGUGGUGGCGGAGAGCUAUGAGCGGAUCCACCGCAGUAACCUGGUGGGGAUGGGGGUGAUUCCUCUGGAGUAUCUGGCAGGAGACAGCGCUGAGAGCCUGGGUCUGAGCGGCAGGGAGCGCUACACCAUCCUCAUCCCCGAGCUGCUCACUCCCAGGAUGCUCGUGGACGUGAAGCUGGACACAGGGAAGACGUUCCAAGUGAGGAUGAGGUUCGACACGGACGUGGAGCUGGCCUACUUCCACCACGGAGGCAUCCUCAACUACAUGAUCCGCAAGAUGUCUGAAAACUAACAUGCCAAGUACAGUACAGCGCACAGCGAGAGCAGCAUGUGUUAUUUUUCUAAUUCCUAACUACCGUCCAACACUGCAUCACUGUUAUGAGUUCAUCCAAUGGUUUACAGAAGAAUUAUGUCCAAAAAUAAUCCAGUCAUUGGCCAUGUUGGUGCAGAGAACUAAUGUACAGCCAGAAAACAGAUGUCACAAUGUUCUCAUUUUUGAGGAAAUGUAUAUUUUAGAUGUGUAUAUUAACUAAAGAUAUGCUAUAGAAGAUGAUUUAAAGAGUUAUCUGAGAGGGUGUAUGGUUGUGUCAAAAGAUUAUUCCAGAUUGUUCCAACAUUAGUCUUGUUUGUGUACGUUUGGUCUUCAUUUAUGAUAGCAUGAAGUUGCUACUCACUAGAGCGAGGUAAAACUAAUUAUGGCCCUACAUGCUUUGGUACGACAGCAGCAUGUAGCGAGCAGUGAAGUCAGUACUCCAAAUUGACAGUUCAAAGGUUAUCCGUCAUCCAGGAGAGAUUGAUUAUAUCCCCAUAGUACUGUGUUUACGUUUUUUGGUCUAGCUUCUUUUCAUUAGCCAAUAUUUUAUUAUGUAUACAAAGUUGAAUUAACUGUGAUAAUGCCUGGGGGGUGCAGUGAGCAGUGGAGAUGUAUUUGUCUGUUACUGCAAAAAAAACCCACACAGCCAAUCACAGUGGCCUCAGCUUGUAGUAGCACAGCUUCCAUCACAUGUAGCCAGUGAGGUAGUGCUUCACCUUCACGCAGCAGCAGCUUAAAUCCUUCAAGGGAAACAGUGCCAGCACUUUAUCAAACUGCCAUGUCUGGUAGGUCUGGUUGGUGUGCCGCUGUUAGCUCUAAGGGGUGAAAACGUGACAUUUGACAUGUUCCAGCUGAGGUUCUACACUGUUCAGCAGGUGGCAGUAUAAUGUCAACAGGUUUCAAACUGUUCCUGAAAGUUGUCUGAAUAUAAACAGAAACCUUAAACCCCAUAACUCUUCUUCAGCUGUUCCAUCUCCACCCACAGCCAGGCCCAGCUCUGAACAGAUAACAGUCACUAAAGACCCAUGUGUUAGUCAUCCAGAAUUCUCUUUUAAAAACAAGGACCAUUAUGAGAUUCAAUAAUAUAUUUUCUUGACUGUAAUGAAGAAGAUGUUGUGAUGCGUUCAAAGCUGCAGGAAAAGCCACUGCAUGGAGGAAGUAGUGAUGUUGUUUGUAUGUUGAUGAUAAUAUCAUAUUAUUGACUAUGAUUAUUUCACGUAUAAAAUCCUAAAGGAAGAAAUUAAGUGUGACUUGAGUGAGUUAAAUAUCGUCAUGGUUACUCCUCCAGGUAAACAUGCUGAAGUCUGAAGCUAACCAUUAUUCCUCUUUAUUGAUUAAUGUGCAGAUUAUUUCCCUUAAUUAAAUGUUAUAAAAUGUCAAGAAAUUGUGAAAAAUUCAAACCUAAGGAAAUCUAAAUAUGUUCUAAAAAACAACAGAUAACAGUACAGGACCUGAGAGGCUUGAAACAGCAAUUGCUGCAAUUCUGGUGUGAAAAAUGUUUUAAAUAGAUUAUUAAAAACAGUUUGAAAUAGUCACCUGAUCCUGCAGCUGUACUAUAUUACAGUAAUAACCUCACAUUACACAUUGUUUUUUGCUUCAUUCUACCCUCUUGAUGUUUUCGGAUUAUUCACAAAUAUGUUCAUGGUUUCUCUUUCUGUCUGUCUCAGAUAACUGUACAGAAAUCAUGCCUGUUUGUUCUUCAGACAUUCCAAACGUCAUUGGGAAUCUGCCUUAAUAACGUCAUGUGAUCGCCUUGAUUUAAUAUGUUUGUGUCUUCUUACAACAAUGAUGAUUUGAUUAAGAAGACUGUCAAAACCAUGCUCCAUGUUGAUUCAACCUAAACUGAUUGCAUUAAGCCACAGAUUACUGAAAAACUGAAUAAAAUUUAAUUUUCA